CCGGGGUCUUUCGUACGUACAUCCUCUUUAGAUAACACAUUUCCCUGCUCAUUUCCCAGCUCAUUUCCCUUAUUCAUCCUCCACAAACUCACCACUGGUCGUUGAGCUUAGUCUUCACCAAACUAAACCCUUUCACACCCGGAAACUGUGAGUGGACUGCAGCCAUGCGGGUGCUUCUGUUGUUCGCCGUGACGGUGCUGUCUCUGAGCCCGGUGGCGGUGAGCGGAGCCGAGAAGAAGAAGCUGCAGAUCGGCAUCAAGAAGCGAGUGGACAACUGCCCCAUCAAGUCCCGCAAAGGAGACGUGCUGAACAUGCACUACACGGGCAAGCUGGAGGACGGCACCGAGUUCGACAGCAGCAUUCCCCGCGACAGGCCCUUCACCUUCACCCUGGGCACUGGCCAGGUGAUCAAAGGCUGGGACCAGGGCCUGCUGGGAAUGUGCGAGGGCGAGAAGAGGAAGCUGGUCAUCCCCGCCGAGCUGGGCUACGGAGACCGGGGAGCUCCUCCGAAGAUCCCCGGGGGAGCGACGCUCAUCUUCGAAGUGGAGCUACUCAGCAUCGAGAGGAGAUCCGACCUUUGAUGAAGAAGAGAUGGCAAGGAAGGCAACUUUCAAAACGUUCCAGGAGCUGCUGCAGCAUUAAGUGGAGAUCGUCUGACCUCUGAUGAAGACUACAUGGCAAAUCUGAGAGUAGAGUUGGCAACCCCACGGCAGAGCCACUGUCCUCCUUUCACUGGCUUUGCUUAUUGUGCUCUGAU